AUGAUCGUCAACGACAUGGCUGCCGUCGAUGUCGACGCCGGUCUCGUCAUAGCCGAUGGCAAGAAAGCCAGCCGUGACGACAAGCUCGUUGUCAUGCCGAAUGGAUUCAAUCGCGUGUCGAACGUCAAAUGCGAAAGGCAGAGCUCCGAAAAGUACAAGAACCCGCCACAAGCUCCGCCGACCUUCACCGGCACCAAGGCGUCCAUCGUGAACGAUGUCAAAGCUCUCUGCUACACCACCUGGUCUCUGCUCGACAAGGUCGUUGCCGAAGUGCCCGCCGAAAAUCCCAUCUUCGCCUCCGUCAUGGCGCCUAAGCACUGUCAUAGCCACACAAAGAACUAA